AGGGCCACCGUAGGCGUCUCGUCAUGUGACACAAAAAAUGUCAACAUCACUGUGUGCUGCAUUAGUAUAUCAAAACGCUACUACAUGAUCUUCGUUUCUGUUUAUCUGCAAAGCUUAACAUGUUUUUUUUACUGACCUCUUGAAGAUGGAUGUAUCUCAUUCUGGUCAGUCUUCCCUUGUAUACAGAUUGGCCACACUCCUCCGAAAUGAUGGUGACCUGGUGCUGGAUGGCAGCAGCACACUGUCCUUGCUGGCAGCCAGUUUGCAGCAGCUCACCAGGUUGUUUGAACAGCACUUGCUGUCUAGGAGCCAGCAGCGAGGCUUCCUGGCACUGCCUUCCCAUCCUGCUGACACAGCCUUCCUGCUACAGUUGCAGUUCCUGUUUGAUGUCCUGCAGAAGACUGUUUCUCUCAAGCUCAUCAACCUGCCAGAAGUGAGACUUCAGUCUGUGGUGAAAAUCUUCCCAUUCAAGUCUCUGAAGUAUUUGGAGCUGAAGCGAAUUCCCCCACACUGUUUAGAGGGACUUAGAGGAGUUUACUCCCAGUUGGAAGUCUUUGUCUGCUCAAAGAGUCUCAGCUCCCUGGAGGAGCUGCUCUCUCUAUGUGGAGGUGACCUGAGCUCUGCACUGCCCUGGCUGGAAUUGCAUACCCUUAACUUCAGCUACAACUCUAUUGUCUGCCUUGACCAGUCACUAAGUUUAUUGAAUGUCCUGAAAUCUUUGGAUCUAAGCCAUAACAAGAUUCAGGAGUGUGCUGAAUUUCUAAAGCCCUUGACUGAACUGGAGCAUUUGAAUCUCGGCUACAACUGCCUGCAGAGGGCGCCAAUACUGGGCCUGAGUGCCAGGGCCAAACUCUGCACGCUCAUUCUCAGAAACAAUGAACUGGAAACUAUAAAUGGUGUGGAGCAGUUGUCUUCACUCCAGCACUUAGACCUGGCCUAUAAUCUCUUGUUGGAGCAUUCCCAACUGGCCCCUCUCUCCCUGCUGCACUCCCUCAGCACACUCAAUCUGCAGGGCAACCCGCUGUACUUCGAGAAGACCCACCGUACCUGCACUGUCCGACAUCUCUCCCCAAAGGCUGCCGGUCUUAGAUUUAAACUUGAUGGUAUCCCACUUUCCUCAUCUGAGUUAUCAGUUUUGCCAAAUCCAGGCCAAGUGAUUGUCCACAUCCAGACAUUGCCUCCAGCUGCCAUGCCACCAGAAUGGAGCAUCCAAGAAGCAUCCAGUGGUGCUGGGGAGCUCACUGACAGCUUGCAAUUUGGAGAAGCGGGAGUGUCACACAUUUGCAGGAAGAAAACGAAGAGUAAGGUGAAAGUGCGGAAGGCCAGCAUAUCUGAGCCCAGUGACACAGAUUACGAGUCCAGACAGCCUUCCUCUUCACAAAGCUUUGUCCUUCCAUACCAGCAGGAGAUUGAGCGCAUGUCCAAGUUCAGAGAGCAGCUGGGGGACGAUUGGCUGAGAUACCAGCACCAUCUAGAUGGAGCAUCCACCUCCAGCAUCACCACCACUGUUGGCACCAGCCAGCCAACCCCUCACCAUCAACCACUCCCCAACGGCCUCAAGAUCACCACAACAUGUCCAUGCACCAGCCCUGGCCAGCAACAACCUCCACCAUGCCUAGACGUCCCAGAGGAUUUCCCCUCACCACGUCUCUCAUCUGAGCCCAGGAAGGACACAUCUGACAUAGAUGGAGACCUGGAAACAGAAUCCACCCUACAGUGGCCCGGUCAGGGCACUCAGGAAUCCACCUUGGAGGACAGCAUGGUGGGUGAUCACUUGGUAAGCCACGGAGUUGUGAGCUCUCCUGGGCCCAGUCCAGAAUCCCAGAUGUCAGCUAGAGCAGAGAACAGAGACACUAAGGAGGAGGAUGAGGAGGAGGACCUAGGAGUGGACCUAUGUCACCCCUUACUUGUGGGUGUCUUAUCUGACAAAGAGGAUGACAGUGGCCACAGUUAUAAGGAGAGGAGGAGGGAGGUGUUUCUGUGCAUAAAACAGGGCCUGGUGCUGGAGGUGGACGUGCAGCGUGGCCGGGAGAGAUGCCGUCUGGAGCUAGACAGCUUAGCUCGGGUGGAAACCACAGAAGCCACAUGGACCUGUGGGGACAAAGAAGAGGUGCUUCCUGCUGUUGAGCUUCAGUUUGACUACAUCAGCAGGGAGAAGAAGAGGAGAUGCUACAUCUUGCUUGAUGAUGAUCCACAGCAGGCACUGCAGGUUCUGACUGAUGUGCUGUCUCAUGUCGUGGUGGAAAAUCAGCGGCGUGACUCUGAGCUCCGCCCCAGCUGUGUCCACCUGCAGUGCCUCCGCUGCAGGUCAGAGUUCAUGCUUCAGGGAGACAGCAGUGAAGAGGAGUCAGGGGGGAGAGCAAGGAGGAGAGGGGCUGCCAUGCUACCAAGGGGUGUGGAAGAACAGGAUGUAGCAGAGUUGACAGAGGCAGAGUGUGAUGGCAGCAAAGGAAACAGUAAUAUUUGUUCAGAAUGUGGUAGCAAUCAUGUGGUUCAGGUUGCUGGCCAGUCAGCCCCCUACAGCAGUACCCCCGUCCAUCAUUCCUCAAGGGCCAACAGCGAGGGCACCCAUCUUGAUGUAACCCAGAGCAUUCACAGUGCCAAUAAGCAGGACAGCUACACAGAUGUCAGCAUUAACAGUAGUCCCGCCCUGGAAACUGCCACCACAACAGAAGAUUCAUACUUCACAACAGCCCAGGGAAGCUCCUUCUUCAUCGAGGAUGCUCCCGGAAAUACCUGUAGCCUCUCCAAUAAUACAGAGUGCCAAAGUAAAGAGGACCUGGCUGGAAGCUACCACUAUGACCCUACCGGUGAAGUUGACUUCCAACCUGCAGGAAUAUCCACCCCAAAUGAUGAUUUGGACCUCCUGUCUGAGGACUACGAGGCAGUGGACCAUCGACUGAAGCUUUUUCUGGAUAUGGAGGUGUUUGAGAAGGAGGAGGAGCUUCACGCUUUCCUUAAGAUGUCAGCUGUCAAAUUUGGAGAGCCAGGGGAGGUUCCCUCUCUGCUGGUGGUGUCAGACCAGCGAAUCUAUUUCCUGGAAAUGACAUCAGAGAUUCGCAGAGGUCAGCCCUCUGACUGGCUGCAGAAGAGAGACAGUCACCCAAUCAUGGAACUCAGCUACCUAGAGGUGGGCCUGGGCUCUCAGAGCAUCCACAUGGAUUUUGGAGACAGGGGUGUGGCCUACACCCUCCUUGUGAGGGACAGUUUACGCUGCAAACGCUUCUUUGGCCUGUUGACAGGAAUUGUGCGUGAGAUGACACACAAAUCAGACAGCAAGCUGAAGUCCAUCUCCACCACAAGGCUCGACCCUCAGCACCAUCUCUGGCAUCUAGUGUGUGAAGACAUCCAGGCAGAUGUGGAGGAUGGUCAGCUGCAGUUUUUCUACAUCCUGGCUUUUGUUCUGCAAGAGGACAUCUGGGUGCCGUUGACAGUCCUGGCAACCCGGGAAACCCUCUACCUGCUCAAAGAAGAUCACCAGUGGAGAAAGAGCUCAAAGAGCAAGACAGCCAACGAAAACCAAGAACAGAGCAACGGAAGCGUCACUGUUCUUGAGACACUGCCGAUCAGCUGCGUGAGCUCAGUCCACCUGUGGCCCUCGGAUCAGUGCAGAAUAGAUAUAAAGCUUUUUGAUGAGACUGUGAAACAGGAGAAGACAUGGUGUGUGCGCUCGGAGAGCAGUGAGCUCCUCCAGGGUCUGCUGGCCUGGGUCAGAGCACAGUGGGAGGCCAUGUUCGGAGUGAAGCUGCACACAAGUCUGCAAGACAGAGCGACAUGAAAAAAAGAGUUACAGACUGUAUGCUCCUGUUUUUUGUGAGCGUGAGUCUAAGUGUUGGUACUGGGAAAUGUUUAGUGAGCGUGAGCACGGUCUGCACUCAGUCUGGUUCCAUUACACUCGUGGCUUUCAUCCUCUUUUAAGCCAGAAACUUGGAAAUGAUUGCACUCAUUCAUGUGGUACACAUGUCUGUAAAAACACUGUUGUGUAAUCUUUCCUCCAGAUACCAUCCCACUGAAGGUUCCUGCAGCUGAAAUGGAGCGUGCCUUGUUUAUUGCUGCCCUGUUUUCUUACUGAAAAGCACCUUAAUGCAUCUUAUAGCUUUCUUUGCACUAGGCUGACAGGGAACCCCCCCCCUCCCCCCAAGCUUGACAUAGUCUUUCCCCUCACUGUCUUAGAGUGCAGUGAGUUGUGACAUCACGAGGAUGGGGUGCUUCUGAGUGGUUGAGGUUAAGACAUUGUCAUUAAGGGUCACCUCACCUCUCCCAGUUAAAUUUAGUCUCAUGAUGUGUUUCUGGACUGUGGUAUGUGAACAGAAAACCAGAAGUGUGAACAUCAGAUGAACAGUAGCAGUUCUUUUCUAUUAAACUUGGGAACAGGUAUUUGUUUUGUUUUUUUACAUUGGGUGAUUUUUUUUUCUUUGUUUAUUCUCAGAUCAACUACAUGGAAAAGUCAGUUCUGCACUGUCACUAUUGGAUAAAUGCAGAGGUUUUGCAUUACUAUCUUUAAAAUGUGGCCCCUGUGGCUUGCUUACGUAGCCGCUAUGAUGUGAUGAUCACUGUUAAUUUACAAACAAAAUCUGAUUUAUAUCUUUGUUAGCAUUUCAUUGUGGGUUAAGUCAGAGAAGUGUGCUUUAUUUUUAUAUAAAUACAAAAAUAUGAAAAACUGCUGGCAUGUGAUCUGUACAAUUAAAUAUAAAAGUAAUAUGUUAAUUUGUGUUCUGUUUAUUUAAACCAAAACAGUCGUGCAUUUUUAAUAGAGAGCAAAAAGGAGUAUCCACAUCUAACUUGCAGCAGGUUGGUGGAACUUCACUUGGUCCUGUUACAAAUGUUAAGUUUCAGAGGUUUUCUUAACUUCAGCAACAACAUUUCUUUCCUGUAAAAUUGACUUCACAAAUGAUCCACAUCAACAAAACAGCAAAAACAGGUGGUAUUAUGUAACAAAGUACAUGUAGAUUGGUGUUAAUCCCUUUUAUACCGUCAUGAUGCAAACCACAGCAAUGGACUGCUGCCAGAAAGUCCGCAAAGGCAGAUGAGACGCCUUAGGGACUGAUUAUUCUGUUCACAGCCUCUUAAUUACAAGAGGUUUUACACGUUGUUGUACAUACUGUGACACUUGAUUGAUGUAUGUGUCUGAUAAUGUUUAGUGAGAGCACAGCUUGACCUGAAGCUCUCAAAAUGUCACUUGUCAGCUGUUUAUUAGUUCUGUAGAAACGUGACUCAUGCCUGGUCAUUGACAAGUAGUUAAUGCAGUGGCAUCAUCCAUCCAUCCAUCCAUUAACUAAUGGUGUUAAUGUUCCAGUUUGAAGACAAGAGAAGACUAAGUAUUUGAGAAAAUUGUUAAACCAUAUAGAAAAUCACUCUCUCUGACAUUUUCCUGUUUGUGCAUUCAAAUAUAAACCUUAGAAACUUGUGCAUGCUGUAAUGAACUGUUCCUGCAGUUUAGCAACUGAAAGAUUCCUUCCUUGGUGCGAUAAAAA